GCUACUCAGCUUGCUCCUGCUCGCUGUGUAAAAGCUGUCUACCUGUCUUCGCGAAGACUUUUGAUCUGGCGUUCUGCAUCAAAAUUCGGCAGUUUUCUCUAAAUUUUCGGCUAGAUUAUGGUUGUUUACCGAUUCGGUAAACGGCAAUGGUAUCUUUCUGUCUAAAUAUGUUCUCCUUGGAAAGGAGCGGCGCUGUUAGCUACAAAAUGGAUCCACAUCAGUACCCUAUGGUUACGUUCUUCAAUGACAGCACAAACGAUGAGGAUGAUAGCCAAGGCUUUUUGGCUAUUGAACAGUUUGUGAACGACGUUGUGGAUUUCAGUUCGCAGUAUGGAAGUGAUAUUAGCAUAACUUACACCGCUUACAAUCUGGCCGGUAAACCUAGCAAAUAUCCGGAUUACGGUGACUUUCCACAAGCGUUUGUUAUGCGAACCUAUGGAAAUUGGUGGCAGGAGGCUCCUUCUAGGAGAGAAAUUUUUAUGCCCCAAAAUUUGGGAAAAAUUGUUAGUCAGGAUUAUAUAGACCUGCGUUUCGAGCAAGCUGUGUUCCCGGUGACAAUCAGUAUCUACGAAACGUUCAACCCAGGCUCUGUGGUCCGCAUUUGGGCGGGACUGGACGGGGGGAAGUGGGAGCUGCUCUGGGAGGGGGAAUCCAAACCUUAUGGACACACCGCACGGAUAUUCUCACCGCCUCUGAAACUUAUCAACGAAGCUGUAAACCUAAUCCGUCUCGAAUUCGACCACUCCACGCUGGAAUACUACACUCAACUAGAUGCGGUGCUCCUGUCGGGAACCAACCGUCGCAUGCAUCCCAGUCAACGGGAUCGGUUCACCUAUGGAAGGGGGGCUGUCACCGGCUCUGACGAGGAGGAGGAGGAGGAGGAAGGAGAAGAGGAGGAGGAGGGGGCAUGUGCUACACCUCCCCCCAGUGCUAAUGGAAUGGAUGACAAAGUGUUCAAUCUCGAUUUGAGCAAACUGACGCUAACUGAAUGGCAAUCGCCUUCCACCGAUCUUCCGAUUCUCCCCACCCCCACUACGAACGGAGGAGGAGUGGGGGAAGAAGGAGGAGGUGAUAAAGUAGUGAGAAACGGAGAUGUGGAGACAUCUUUGUCGGAGGUUUGUGAUGCCCUGUUCAAACAGUUGGAGGAGGACUCCUGGUGGGAGAAGGGAGGGGGUAAUGAGAAAGUGGACAGUGUGCAUCCCAAGCAAAACAGCGGCUUGUUUGGGUUGCUACCGGACGAAACGCUACUGUAUAUAUUUGGUUUUCUGGAUUUAGUAUCGCUUUCAAAUUGUUGUGCGGUAAACAGGCAUUUUCACUCCAUAGUAAUGGACUCGUUGCUUUACACUGAACUCAACCUAAAGCCAUAUUGGCCGUGGAUGAGUCCAGAAAGUCUGACAUCUCUUUCAAAAAGAUGCAAUCACCUAUCAAAACUUGAUCUCUCCUGGUGCUUCAACUACUGUAACAUUCCUGUCAAUUUCCUCUCAGACUUUAUCGAACAGUGUGGAAAGAAUCUGAUUAUUUUACGUUUAGACUGCUGUAAAUUUGUAGAUAACUCUAGUGUGCGUACCAUAACAUCGAAAUGUAAAUACCUUAAAGAACUAACCCUUAGAAAUUGCUCAAAAAUCUCGACGGUAGGUUUCGAAUUCAUAGCUGAUCUCGACUCACUGGAAAGGCUGGAUCUGUAUAGGACGACCAUUGAAACUGCGCCCUUAGUCAAAAUAUUGAAAGCUUCACCAAAACUCAAACAUAUCAAUUUGGGUGGUUGUGUGAGGGUAUCUAGUAUGGACGAAGUGGCCCAGGCCAUGGGUAAUUUCAACCAGGAGCUGGUGACAAUUGACUUCUGGAAAACGUAUAGUCUUACGCCGGUGGGAGUGAGAGCGCUCAGUCAGUGCUCUAAAUUAGAGGAGGUUGAUCUAGGCUGGUGUCUGGGCCUGAGUAUACCCGGGGACUGUAUGGCAUCUCUAGCAGAAGGGUGCCCCAACAUGAGGAAGCUUUUUAUGGCGGCAUUGCGUGGUAUCACCGACAGAGAUCUGCUGCCAUUUGUAACACGAUGUCCCAGGCUACAGCAGCUUGAUUUACUCGGGCUGAGGUGUAUCACUGCCGAUAUUUGUCUCAGGUUCCUAAACAACUGCAAAGAGUUGCAACUACUCGAUGUCAGUUUCUGCGAUCAGAUCCAGGAGUCGGAUGUUCUGCUGUGGAGAGUGCAAUACCCGGAUGUGGCCAUCAAGUGGAGCUUCCAGUAUGAUGGCGGUAGGAGCAGAUUUUUUCUUGCACAUGACAUUCUUAACUGAAAAGCAUAGCUCAACAGCUGUUGAAAAAUAUAAAUUUAUUCUCCAAUGAAUCAACAGAAUGUUACUAUGAUAUGAUUUCCAGCACAUUUUGUAUCUUCCCAAAGAUACAGACCAAGUAAUGCAUUUCAUUGUAAAAGAUGUUCACUGCCCAUAAAUUCUAUACAGUUUUUUAUAAAAUCUAUACUAGAUUUUAUAAAAUCUUGAUGUUUAAUUUUCAAAUACAUCAAUUUUAUCAGUGUCUAUAAAAUCAACUUGAAAUGACCCCUUAAAUUGGUUUUGUGAGUUAUUAUGUAACAUAAUAACAUGAAUAUGUAAUAGCCUAUAUUACAUAGUAAUACAUUGAAAAUCAACUUGAAAUGACCUCUCCUAUUGGUGUUGUGAGAUAUGUAACAUAGUAACAUUAAUAUGUUGAAUAUGUAAUAUAGGUAUUACACAGUAAUACUUUGAAUGUAAUAUAGGUACCUCUGUUACAUUAAUCAGAUCUUUAAAAAUAUUGGUGUAAUUGGUAUUAAAUGAAUAUUAAGGCCCGGUUGCACAAAAGCAGGUUAAAUUUUGACCGUGAUUAAUUCCACGAGAACCAAUCAGAGAAGGUGUUUUUGAAAAGAUGGCUUCUCUGAUUGGUUCUCGUGGAAUUAAUCACGGUUAAAAUUCAAACGGCGUUUGUGCGACCGGCCACUAAGUCUUGAAAUGAAAAUAGUAAUUAAAAAAUACAUAUAUUUGUGUUAACUUGUAUGUUGAAUAUUACUGUGAGUACAGUAUCAUAAAUAAUAGAUGUUUUCUGUAACCCGUUGUGUCCCAGUGUAUAUAGUAUUGCAAACCAUGAAGUAAUUUAUGAAAAUUCCAUAAAGUAUCCAUGAAAUAUUGCUAACUGCUCUUCUUCUUCUUCUUUUUCCCAAGUAGUUACAGUAAAACUUCAAUUGAUAGUAUCUUAAGUCACAAGGACGGGAACAGGCGUUUUGCAGGCGAGAAUGAUGUUUCCAGUCGAGUAGUUAGCCGAGAUUAGAAUUUCAUUCAAGCACUGCAAAAGACAUUCACGUCCAAGUAACUAACACUAUUUUUUGUCAUAAUAAUCUAGAAAAUAAUAAUACAGAAACAGAAAACAUUACCUGCUUGUGCUGAUAUUACUACAUGCAUUCUAUAAACAUAACCUAGUUUACAAGUUUCAAAUCAGGAAUUUCUUGAUUGUAGUUGACAAAACUACCACCCGGAGCGCUAAAAGGCGGUUUUUGUACCAGUUUUGCUGUUCCUAAUUCGGAACUAAGAAACAUACUCGACUGUAAAGAAAACAUAUGAUUUUAUUACAGUAUAGUAUGCUGUAAUGAGAAUCAUAAUUAUGUUUAUUUGUUUUACAAUCAGCUGUUUACCGGCUUCAUUUCAUGGAUGUAAAACAGCUGAAAUUGAAUGACUAUGACUAAAAGUAUUUUAAGAGGCUGGAAUCAAAUUAAAUACUUUUUAUUGUCAUUAACAAUUACGUAGACAACGUCAACAAAUUGAAAACAUAUACUGAGAAGGCCGGAUUAUUUACCAUAGGAACUAAAGUAAGAUUCACUUUUUAAAGUUGGAAACUGGUCAACAUUGGUUUUUUAUAAUUGUCUAUCAUCUUCCUAUAGUGAGGUCCAUGUUACAAAGUCAGCACUUGUUUAACAUUGGUGCUGCUAGACUAGUAGAAGACUAGAAGUAGAAUAGGAGUGGAUAGCUAGGAAAAGGGAAAGAAGAAAUAUGAAAAAUUAUGAAUAAGGAAACAAAGAUAGGAGUAGAAGAAGAAGAAUGGUAAGUCUAUUGGCCAAAUAGUAAUCUAUGUUCGAUUAAACCAUAAUCCGGAUUAUAGAGGCUCUACCCAUGAAUAAUGUAACUCCCAGUUUUUGAACAUGAUAAAUUACAAACCUUAUCAAAUACUUGAUACAGUAUGGCCCUCCUAGGUCAAAAAAGGCAUUCAUUCUAUUCUAUAUUCUAAUAUAAUAUUGAGAAUAAUAUAUUAAAUGUAUUUUAUUGCAUCUCCAGUGUUGUAUGCUUCCUAUGACAUUGUAAAUUUAAGAAAAACAAAACAUAUGGUUGUCGUAUUAUAUAUACUUCUUGUACAAAUAUAUCAACUGAUUGUUGUAAACUGUUGUAUAUAAGAUGAAUAUAAAUAGAUUAAUACUGUAUAAGAGUAGAGUUCUCAUUUUUCUAUGAAAAGUAAAAGAUGUUCCAGUUUCAUUUUUUGUGAUUUUUCUAUCAUUUUCUAUAAAUUCGUUUCAAAUUUUAAAACUAUUCCACUAUAAUUGAAUUUUGGAUCAAAAUUUUAUAAAGUCUUUGUAUUUAUUUUUUGGAAAAGUUGUAAAAAUAAUAUAUUUUGUCUUUUUUUUAAUAUACUCUGUACAUUUGGUAUUCACUAUUUUUUAAGUAAUUUUUUAAUUUAUUCUAUCUGUUGUUAUAUAUUUGUUUCUCCAAUUUUAGAACUCUAUUUUUAGAGGUUAGAGAGAAUGUAUUGUACCAUAUUAGCAUAAUGUACGUUUAAGUAUAUGUGAUAGUGUAUUUUCACAUAUUUAUUUUAGUCUCUCAGUGUUUCUAUAAAUUUCCUUCAUUGACCCUCUUGAGCUUCUUCUAUUUAUUUCAGUCUCUAUUCUCUUUUAUCAAAUUCUCUAAUGAUAAAUUUUUCCUUGAGGAUAAAUUCAUGAUUCUUUUUCUAAAUAAAUUUCUAUAAUCUGUAGUGAGAUUCAUGUUAUAAUGUUACAAUGUUAUGUCAGCACCUGAUUAGCAUUGGUGUUGCUAUCCUUGUCUGUCAUUAGACAAAGCAGAUAUCUCCCUCCUUUUCUAGUUCCGCAUUGUUGAGAAACUGAUAGCAGGUUAUGUAGAAAUCUAAUGAAUACCUACAUAUUUAGUAACAACUAGCAGGUAACCCGUGCUCCGCAAGGGUGCAUUUUAAAACUUGACAAUCUGAAAACUUGCCGUUAUCUUGAAGAAUUGAAAAUAGGCUUAUAACCAUCCCCAGUUGAUUAAGAAUCUAUAUGCAAAAUUAAGAUCAGUCCAGUAGUUCAGACGUGUUGAUGAGGCAAACAUAAUUCUCCUAUCCCGUUCGUGUAUGAGCCAGCUAUUUCCUUUAUUAUAGUAUAGAUAAUAGAAACUCAUCAUUAAAUUAUGGAAAGAUAUACUUGCUGUAUGACUUGACUCGAAUAUGAUAUAUUUGAGAUUCAUAUAGUGAUCAUUAUUAACAAGAACCAACAAUUAAUAUUAGAUCAGGUAUAAAAGUUACCGGGAAGACUUGAAUCACAGCUAUCUACUAUAGAAGGCAGUGGAAAAUAAAUCCGCCAACUACAGUGUCCUAUCAUUUCCACUGACUGUAUUCUUUUAUUAAUUCAAUGAUACACAAUUAUUUUGAAAAUAAUUUGGUGGGGGGCCAACAGGCACAGCCCAAAACUUUUCCUCCCCCGAGUUUUGAUUCAUUAAAAUAAUCAAGGAGAUAGGUUACUGUAUGUUUUCCAAUUUUGUCUUAUUUUCUAACCAAACACUUGAAACAAGGACACUAACAAAACUAAAACUAACAAACUAAUAACAAAAUUCCUCUCACGUAGCACUCAAAACUGUGAAAUAUUGAUUAAUUUGGAAAAUUUUAUCACAUGAAUCUCACCCUUUAUUUUAAUUUAUCCUUCUUGAUUUUUCUAUGAAUUUUUAAAUUUAUAGAGCCGGCUCAAAUCAAUCAAUUUGAUAAGGCCUACUAUACAUUGAAAAUUUGGUGAUAUUUUAGGUUAAAAACUAUAAUAUAUUUAUACAUAUUCAACUAUUUAUAUUUACUAUAGUUUGUAUAUUUCUUGAUCUGCAAGUUUAUUGUAUUUUUGAAUAGUCUAUUUUUAAACUGCUCUACUAUUGUGAUUAUUUUACUGUGGCAUAAUGUUUAUCUGAAGUAUAUUAUUGAAGAUUAAAUUCAUACUAUUGUGUA